AUGAAGGAUAUCGAGGGCAAGAAGCAGAAGGAAUACCCCCCUCAGGACGAUUCUUUGGAAGCUGGACUUGUUCAUCUUACCAGUGAUUGCGAGUGUCUAUUUUUUCGCAUUGAUGAUAGAACGAAUGCACGAGGGUAUACGAUGGCUGUGUCGGCGGCUGGAAGCAUCGUCGGCUAUGCACUGCUGCUUGGACUUACGGAAAACUACGCCCGAUUUGCUGCGGCAUGUGUUGUCGCGGUUUUCAUCUACCCUGUCACUGUGCUGAAGUUGACCUGGGCGGCCAUGGGGGUUGUUCGUUAUACACGGAUAGGUUCUGCGCUGGUUUCCUUGAAUAUCGUCGGCCAGGUCUUCCCAUCUGCGGAACACAGGCAUACAGUGACCCGCCAUGUUGUUGGUGAAACCAGGAAUGCGAUUGCAUUGACGAUUACUGGCUGCUACUUGGCAUUCGCUCUUAUCCUACGAUGGUACUAUUCCCACCUGAACCAGAAGAAGCGGGCGGAGAAAUUUCUCCGGAAACGCAUCGUUGCGCAAAUUGCAGAGCACCGGAGAUAUUGGGGAUAA